AUGUACAGAACUGGCAAGAAAAAUGCUGUUAAGAAUGUACACAAUAACUACAAUGAAUAUAGUGAGUUCCAUGCCAGGGAGGUAGAGGCUCACAUAUGUGCAGCUUUCAUGCAAAAGAUGAGUAUGCUGAAAAUGAAUGGUAAGUCAUUAUGGGAAUAUAGAGAAUAUUGCACAGCAACACACUUAAUUUUCCAUUUCCAUGACAAUCGAUGCCCGGCAGAUAGAGAAUGUGUAAGCCACUGUACAUGCUCAUUAGGUGGGGGAGUUGGAAGUGCUGGUUGUGAAAUAUAUUUUUACUUCAAUUAUAUCAUAGAUAAACCCAAUGUUGUACUACCAGAUGAUUCAGUUUCAAAGUCUAUUAAAGGGAAGUGCAGUGAUUUUGUAAGGGAAUAUUGUGUUUCAGUCAGAGAAAGUUAUUGAUAUUGUAAACAAGACAGCUGAGCUGGAUGAAAAGAUGAAAUCACCAUUUGCAUGUAGGGCAGAUGGUUGCAACAAAUCCUAUCUGUCUCAUUUUGCCAGAGUCAGGUGAGUCUAUAUUUCCAUUAUAAUUCAAACUGUGUGUUGAAACUAACUACAGUACAAAGUUCACAAUACAGUUACAUCCAGGCAACUAGCUUGCUGCACACUAAAAACCUUUGAUAACCCUUGGAUUUUAUCCUGUGAGGCAGAGGUUUAUAAUAUGCUCCCAAAGGCUAAUAGCCCUUAUAAUGUUCAUAAACUAUCAAUGAGGAGACUGCAUGUCAAUUAGACGCUUAACAAUUUUCUAAUGUUUGAAAUUUUCUUAGUAUCCAGUUUGGGAUAAAAGUCAUUCACAGUUUGGUAUUCAAAACCAAAUUAUAGUAUCCUUUCAAUUGGGGAUAGUCUGUAAAUUUCAGACCAUGGUAAAUAAUUAGAUCAUUAAAUACUACCAGGAUCAUUUACUGAAUGAACAUGCUUGUAAAAAGUUUCAAUUUUUCUUAUUUUAUUAGACAUGAAAUUGGCAAGCACAAAUUUGUCAUUGCAAGAUUUGAAGAAAUAAAUGAUGAGCGAGAUCCUAUGGGAUACUAUUUCUGUCAAUGUGGCUGUGCUUUUGUUUUUAGUACUAGAGCAACAAGGAAUAG